GAAAGAAAUAUAGAUGGUAGAUAAGAUCUCAACUUCUCAAGCCUUUUCUGUUGCACAGAUCUUUUUUAGGGUCUAACUAUAGAAGAAAGAGAACCAAAGGAUAAAAGAAACAGUGUGUGUACAAAGAAAAAAAGAGAGUGAAAGGUCUGGUAUUUGGUUCUGGGUUUCUCUCUCUCUCUCUCUCUCUCUCUCUCUCUCUCUCUAUCUUAAAAUCUCAGUGCUUUUUAUUUUUUGGUCACAUAGUUUUGGUUUCAUUUAAUCCCUAUGAUCUUCUCGCAAAAUAGAAUCCUGCCUUUUUUUCUUCCGUGCCAGCAUCAGAUCGAUCAAAACAAAACUUCUUUUUCACUCACAACUUCGUCUCUGGAAAAGAUAAACAAAGGUGGAGAGAUAUACUAAAUAAGAUAGAGAGAAAAGAGGAAAAGAAACACAAAAAAGUAUCUACUAGAUUUCUGAUCUUUUUUUUAGUCUGAGAAAUGGGUACUGGUUGGAGAAGAGCCUUUUGCACUACAAUCCCUCGAGACUCAGGUUCUUCUUCACUCUCUGACAAGCAACAAAGAAGCCCUAGCUCCAGUCCAAGCCCAAGAAGCUGUACCAGGUUGGGAUUUUUCUCUGGUAGUAGCAACCCUUCCACACCUCGUCUGCAGUCUCAGCCAGUGUCAAGCCCAAGCCUUCGUUGCCGCACCACAUCAGAGGCAGCUCAAGCACAAAUUGUCAAUGAAAGUCCGAGACUUCAAUGCAAUACCAGCACUCCCAAGACCUCCAAGAGCCCAAGAACACUACUUGCCUCAAACCAAACUUCUCCUCGUUCUCCUCUCAAGUUGUCCCUCUUCAAGAACAGUUUCAAAUUCAGAAGUAGCUGUGGAAUUUGUUUGAAUAGCGUGAAGACAGGUCAGGGCACGGCGAUUUACACAGCGGAAUGUGGUCACGCAUUUCAUUUUCCUUGCAUAGCCGCACACGUACGCAAACAUGGCAAACUGGUUUGCCCAGUUUGCAACGCUAACUGGAAAGACGUACCUUUGCUCGCUAUACACAAGAAUCUCGGCUCGCAAUUUCCCGACCAAAACGACGUCGUCGCUGCUGUGGACAGUGACUACAAGCACACUGACACCAAGAUUGAAGAAAAAGCAAUCAUAGAAUCAUCUCCUAGAUUCCUCAAUCCGAAGCAAGAGAUACAGCAACACCAACAGCAACCAAAGCCGUCCGAUUUGAGAUCCUACAAUGACGAUGAGCCUCUUCUUUCUCCCACAACUGGUUCAAGGAUUAUUCCAAUCCCAGAGGCAGACGAGAAUGUUGAAGAAGACGAAGAAAACGACGACGUUGAAGAGUUUCAAGGCUUCUUCGUCAAUCCAAACUCUUCUUCUUCAAUCAAAUACUCAGAUGAUCCCAGAGAUUCUUCGAAGAACAUGGUUCGGGUUAGAUUAUUACCCGAAUCAGCAGUGGUAGCAACAUGUAAGACCCACGAGAGCUACGUGGUGGCCCUGAGGAUUAAAGCUCCGCCACCUCCGGCGCGCAACACGGCGGCUUCCGCGCUCUUAGACCCCACACACCGUGCUCCGAUUGAUUUGGUGACGGUGCUUGAUGUGAGUGGAAGCAUGACUGGUGCCAAGCUGUACAUGCUUAAGCGCGCUAUGCGUUUAGUCAUUUCCUCACUCGGCUCAGCCGAUCGGCUCUCUAUUGUGGCAUUCUCUGCCGUUUCCAAAAGAUUAUUGCCUCUCAAAAGAAUGACAAUCCAAGGUCAGCGCGCGGCUCGGCGCAUCGUUGACCGGCUCGUGUGUGGUCAAGGCACUAGUGUAGGUGAUGCCUUGAGAAAAGCUACAAAGGUGUUGGAAGAUAGGAGGGAGAGAAACCCAGUUGCGAGUAUCAUGCUCUUAUCGGACGGUCAAGAUGAUCGAGCCAAUUCAAGCAAAGCUAAUCAACGGCAGGGUUCAAGCCACGUGUCAGCUACUCGUUUUUCUCACAUUGAGAUCCCAGUUCAUUCUUUUGGGUUUGGUGAAAACGGUGGCUACAGCCACGAGCCAGCUGAGGAUGCGUUUGCCAAAUGCGUCGGUGGGUUACUGAGUGUGGUGGCUCAGGAUUUAAGGGUUCAGCUGGGGUUUCCUCCAUCAACGGCUGAGAUUUCGGCUAUUUAUUCAUGCAACGGACGGCCCACAGUGCACGGCUCUGGCUCGGUGCGGCUCGGUGACUUGUACGCCGAGGAAGAGAGGGAAUUGCUCGUGGAGGUUAAGGUUCCCACGUCGGCAAUUGGGUCCCACCACGUGAUGUCUGUUCGAUGCCUUUACAAGGAUCCUGCCACUCAAGAAGUUGUGUAUGGGAAGGAACAAGCACUCCUAGUACCUCGUCCUCACACCGUUCGAUCCUCGGCUCCUAAGAUCGAACGGUUGAGGAACUUGUUCGUGACCACUCGAGCCAUAGCCGAAUCGAGGCGGUUAAUGGAACACAACGAGCUGUCUAGUGCUCACCACUUGCUCGCUUCGGCUCGAGCUUUGUUAGUGCAGUCGAGUUCGAGUUCAGCUGAGGAAUACGUUCGGGGAUUGGAAGCUGAGCUGGCGGAUUUGCAUUGGAGGAGACAGAAUCAGCUGGAGCAGCAGCAGCAGCAGCAACAGCAAGUGAUGAUGAUCCAACGGAGGAGAGGGCACGAGAGGGAUGUGAUGGGUGGUGGUGGAUUGGUUGAUGAGAAUGGUGAGCCGCUUACACCGACAUCGGCUUGGAGAGCGGCUGAGAAAUUGGCUAAGGUAGCUAUUAUGAAGAAGUCGAUGAAUCGAGUCAGUGAUUUGCACGGCUUUGAAAAUGCUAGAUUUUAAUAAUUCUGACUUUUGGGAAAUAAAUAAAUAUAAAAAAAGCAAUGUUUAUUUGGAAAAAAAAAAAAAAAAAGAAAAAAAAAGAGAGAGAAAAUAGGGUUGCAUUGGUUUUUGGGGGAUGGAUGAUAUGAAUUGAAAAAUAGGGACAAGAUGAUAGCAGACGGCGCGGCCCUUUCUGAUGAGAUCAGAGUUAGUAAUUGAUUGGAUUUUGGAUCAGAAUGGGUGGCUUGUUUUAAAGCUUGUCUUUUUGUCUUGUGCUUUUUUAAUAUGGGAAUAUUAAUCCCACAUGAUCUCUCUUUUUUUGAGAGACUCCGUUUGGUACUUUUGUAGGGAAUUUCAUGAUGAACAUCAAAAGGUUAAAAAAAAAAAAAUGGAGUAAAAUGCUAGCUAGUAUACCUCUAAUUGUAAUGUAAUGGAGUUGUUGUUGUUGUGCCUGAAUGAAAAUUGAAAAAAAAAAAAAUGACUCUGUUCGAUUGUA